AUGAAGUUUGGGUAUGUAACACAACACAACAGAGACCUCAGCCAACGAGCAAAACCUAAGUCAGAUUCAGUUGCACCUCCUUUUCAUGAGAGUCAACAACUAGAUCAAGAAAAAACAGUUAUGCACAAGAUUAGACCAAUUUCACCUGUUCAUCAACCUUCAUCUGAGACAUCAACCAGAAAUGAGUUGAGAGAAAUGACGUCAGCUGCAGAAGUAGAAGGUUCGGUAUCAUCAGUAAAAGCGGGAUCCAAAGAAGAAAGGCAAUGGAGAGAAAUGAAGCUACAGCUGGAUGACUUGCCGGGAAUUUUGGCACGUUUGUCCAAAAUUAAGCUUACAGCUCUGGUUGUAAGCACUGCGUCCGCCGGGUUUGCCAUGGCUCCGGUCCCUUUUGACUUGACUUGUUUCCUCCUUGCCUCUCUUGGAACUGGACUGGCUUCCUGUGCUGCCAACUCCAUCAAUCAGUUCUUUGAGGUUCCGUUUGACUCCAAUAUGAACAGGACAAAAAACAGACCGCUGGUGCGAGGACAGAUCAGUCCCCUGCUUGCCGUGUGUUUUGCUGCCUCCUGUGGAGUCCCGGGAAUCGCCCUGCUGACUUUGGGAGUGAACCCGCUCACCGGGGCCCUGGGCGCCUUCAACAUUUUCCUCUACACGUGUUGCUACACGCCGAUGAAGCGGAUGAGCAUCGCCAACACGUGGGUGGGAGCCGUGGUCGGUGCCAUCCCCCCCGUCAUGGGGUGGACCGCGGCUACUGGUAGUCUCGAUGCUGGUGCAGUGCUGUUAGGAGGAAUCCUCUAUUCCUGGCAGUUCCCUCAUUUCAACGCCCUGAGCUGGGGGCUGCGGGAAGAUUACUCCCGAGGAGGAUACUGCAUGAUGUCCGUGACCCAUCCAGGGCUGUGCAGGAGGGUGGCUCUGCGGCACUGCUUGGCCUUAAUCGGACUCUCAACCGUGGCUCCUGUGCUCGACAUCACCACGUGGACUUUCCCUAUCAUUUCACUCCCUAUUAACCUGUACAUCUCCUACCUCGGCUUUCGGUUCUACAGGGAUGCAGACCGCAGCAGUUCUAGGAAGCUUUUCUUCUGCAGCCUGUGGCAUUUGCCGUUGCUGCUGCUUGUCAUGUUCACGUGCAAGAAGCCUUUCCUGGAGAAGGAAGAGAAAGGCGAUCUCCUUAGUGGAAAUCAUGGCAGGGCUUUGGAAAUUAGAUUGCCUUAAAUGUCAAUUACUUAUCAUCAACGUGACAGGUCAGGUAGUGUAUUUCAGUAAUUGCGGGAGGGGGAAACCUGUGGUGAUCCGUUUGAAGAAGAAUCAUUUGUGCCUAGUGCCACUUCAUAUGAUAAUUUUGGGUGUUGUUCUUAAAGGGAAGGGAGGUGAGAGCUUAAAGCGUUCGUGGGCCACAGGCCCCUUUCACUCCUCACAGCUUAAAAUCUAGCCUCUGUCAGAAGCACAUCACUUUCUGAUGGCCUUCCAAAGUCUUUGUGGGUCUUGAUCUCACGUCUCGUGGGUAGGAUUUCAGUUAGCAAAUCACAUACGCACACUUACUAAAUGCCAUCACUGGCAGCCUUGGCAAAGAAUUCAGGAAGCGACAAAUGAAUGGUUUAUCCGCCCCCAACAAAUGAGCAUCCUUUCCAAACGAAGCUUUGAGGCCCAUUGUGGAUUGGGUGAGCUUGCGUUGUCUCAGUCUGCUGAGACACCGUUCCUGCUCUGUUGUUACACAGAGGCCUUCAGUUUCUGAGACUGUCAACUGCUUACAUUUCCCAAGGUUCCCAUUCACUUCAGUAGGUUUUUGGUUUUCAUGUAGCUUUCGCAAUGCUAAAGAAAUAAACUAUCUUACAGCACACUACACAUCAGCAUUUAAACAGCCUGCAGAUAAACAGAUACUCCGUAGCAUGUGCUUUGGAAGACCCUCUUAGCCAUUUUACUGUACAUCCGUCACCGUGAAUUUCUGACUUCCUCGUGUUUUUACAUCUGUUUGAACUCUGUGUGCCAGACCUUCAGCUGCUGAAAAUUGACAUUAUUGUUUAUUCCAGUGAAGCUUUGAAAAGGUUUACCAGGUGAGAAUUAGAUCUCAGAGUCCAGUAGUUGUAAGGCUUUUGUGUGCUCAUGUGUCCUGUGCCAGCCCGUUCACUCUAAAUGCGCAUCUGCUGAUGCGUUAACUCCUGUACUGGAUGAGUUCUGGGCUUGCAUCAAGAAUUUGGACUGCAUUUGAUAUCACACCACUGUGGUUCACAGGCUUCGUUUGGGGUACGUUAUCAAUAGGGAAACAUAUUGUAUGGAAAAAAGGGUUGGGGUGUUUUUAUCUAAUAUUAUAAUGUUCAAAUUUCUGAUGCAGCCAGGGUCUCUCAAAAAAAUUGUUGGGAUGGUCCUAUUAGGAAAAUGCAUCAUCUUUGUUAAUUGAUACGAUAUAAUACGCUUCUAGCCGCAGUCUAAUAUAUUUAUGAUGCUGUUGUGAGGCUGUGGCUAGCCCUGAGCAUUACGUAGGGUUUGACUGUGACCAGCUGGGAUACCUCCAAACACAACAGCAUCCAGUGUAGACAAGGGUUAUGUUAUAGUUUGUUGUGGUAGUUAAUGCCUGUUAUGACUUGACGCAUUUUCAUGCCAAGAUUUCUUUCCCAUGUGGAAAGGGCCUGGGCAGCACCGCUGUGCAUCACGUCCAAAGUCGUCUGCUGAUAGUAAUACCUGAAAUGGGAGACACCUUCUCUAAUCUGAUCCCAAAUAAAUUUAGCCCUUCGAGAAACUUCACAAAUCUGCCACCAUGUGCUUAUCAUGCUGACGUAAAAUCUUCACUGGGUGCUUUCAUGAUCCGGGCCCAACUUCUGGUCUCGGUUACACUGGUGUAAAUCAGGAGUGACACCGUUAACCUCUGCUCUGUUGGCUGAGGUGCUUCACAGGAACAGAGCCACCUGUUUUGCAUGGCUCUUAAAUAACCAGUUGUAAGAUUUCCUGACUCUCUCAAGUGAUUGCAGAUGACCGUGUUGAGUUCCCUGGUGCUGUUUGUCUGACAGGCUCCAUUGUACUCAAGUUAACUGUGGGGAACACUUCAUAGAAAUAUCUGGAAACCAUACAACUGUGCAACUCCUUAAUUUGUUUUGAAAAUGCAUUCAGUCUUUUCUGCAAUAAAGUGCGUACUGUACAAAAAAAGAGAGGACUGC